AUGGCAGCAGCAGUUGAUCAUGAUGAUCAGGAUGAGGAAAGACUGAUGAUGUUUUCUCUGGCACAUCAGUGUCGCUGGUGGCUUCGAAAUUUCUCGCGUCACUUGGGUAACUCGGCGGCCUGGCAGCAGCAUCUCUCCACCAUCGACGAUUCACAAGGUCGUUUCUCUGUGUGGGCAAACAACAUAGGGGCACUUAGAGAUCCCAAGUCAUCGAGCUCUCUUGACUAUCGCCUGCGAGAUGGCGGUCCGAUGCGGAAUUCCAUUGCGGCCGGUGCACUCCCCAAUCGCACCGAUGAGGCGAGCGAGAUUUUUGAGAACGCUGAUGGAGACGAUGGAUUUCCAGUAACCACGGAGCUUGAUGAGCUCUUGUCGGGUAUCCAAUCCUCGGUCGAUCGGCUAUUCCGCCUUUCCAUGCUCAUUCGCCGCAAGCGUCCCCAAGGGCGAUUACCUACAGAGAUAGGAGCACAGGUUGUGGAUGCAACCAUGGAUAUUCGGCACAUCAAAGACAAGUUUCCGAAAGUGAGGGAGGCGGAAUGGCUGGCGGAGCGUCUGGGUACCGCUAUAGCCAAGCGAAGGGAAUUUCUCUGCUAUAGACAGCUGCACCGUCAGCGCCUGGCGGAGCAAAGCCAAUACCAGUCAGGAGAAGUAACGGCUGCAUCGAGGAGGGCACCAUCAACUAUCGCCACAACUUACGACGAAAGUUCUCUCGACAUUGACCAGGAGACUAUCAAGCCAGCUCACCUCAGCAUUAUUACCGGAGCCACAUCUUUCGCGACAGCGUUCGAGGCCGACGAGGAUGACAAUCUUCACGUACCGACCUUUACUCGUUUGAAGUUUCAUGGAACCCAAUUUCAGUAUGAUAGUGCUUUUGAGUGUCCAUUUUGUCGGACUAUACAGGUAGUAUCAUCUGAACUUAAUCAGAAUAGGAGGCACGUCUUUGCCGAUCUUCAACCUUAUAUCUGCACAUCUGAGAACUGCACCUUGGGCCCGUUCCCUUCUAGACACGAGUGGUUCAACCACGAGCUCGAGUCUCAUAGAAAGCAGUGGCACUGUACCAAGUGCCGCGAUAGCAGGUUCACAUCUACAUCUCGCCUUCGGGAACAUUUUGACUCCUCGCAUCGGGGAGCUUUCAACGACACUCAGUGGCCAUUUAUACUGAAGGCAUGCGAGCGCUCUUUGGGAACAUUUAAGCCUCAUUCAUGUCCUUUUUGCUUUUCGUGGGACCCGCCGGAGAACGAAGCAUACAACAUCCAAGAGUUUGGCCGCCAUCUCGGGUCUCAUCUCCAGCAGCUGGCUCUUACAGCUUUACCGAUCGCAAUAGAUGGCUUGGCUUUCCUCGAAGAGACUGUGGAAGAAGUGUAUGAAAUCAUCGAGCCAGGGGCGGUUUGGGGUCGAUACGUCCAGUAUGCAACUGUGCCCCUCAGCUCAUCAUCGGAGGUAAACCUCGGUCCGGACACCUAUUACUCGCUACAAGUGAUGUUCAACGACGGAGAAGCUUGGUGGUUACGCAGAACGAGCCGGGAACUUUACAAUCUCCACAUGAAGCUUCUGGAACUCUUUCCUCCUCAGGCUGGCAACAUCCGGGUUCCACCGACUUUCCCAUACAUGCCUGGUCUAGAAGUUCCUGGCAGCGUUCCUAACAUUGACACCUUAUACUCAAAUUCGAAACUACGGCGUGAUCCACUCGACCGUGAACUCGACGUAUACAUAAGGAACUUGAUCACGCGGCCGAUGCCCAUUUCUUGGUCGAACCUUGUGUUGGAGUUUUUUACCCCACGGUUGACAGAUGGGAAUAUCGAUAACCAAAUGCUAGUAGGUCAAUGGGCUCAGGAGUGA